GUUUUUCCCGCUCAAAAUGUUGACAGCUGUGAAAGUCGCGUUCGGUUUUUGCACUUUUUUCCUCGCGUUCGAGGAGACUGUGUCAUGGACCAUAGAUUUACCGCAAGUGAGGAAGUAUUUUUUUGAAAAAAAUAUGCUCGAACGAGAGAGACAAGAUAGAUGGAAAAUGCAGCAGGCACAGCGGCCACAGCAAGUUGUGUAUGAUAAUAUACAUACAAAAAGCUUGCAUUUUGAUUACGAGAAGUAUAAGAAGCAUUACGCUGAUGAUUACAAGUACAAUGGAUACAUGGAACACAAGGUGCAUGAGGCGGUUCAAAACGGCAGCGCCUACCUGGACGGUCUGCGGCGCUCCAUCGAGGCCUACCUGCAGCGCCUAGAGUCCUGCCGCGGGCAGAACAUGACUGUUAACUUCGUCCAACUACGUCGGUACUCCAACCAAAACGACUCAAACGACGCUCUCUACUACUUCCUCACCAACCCCGCGAACCCCCUCACCGACCCCACCAAACCCAGUCUCGUCCAAGCAGCCCUCCUUAACAUCCUCCUCCCAUUCUCCACCUACGGCCUCCCAAUCCCCACGAACUUAACCACAGUGACCCAAAUGAACAUGAAUUUCACGAACUUCUUGGCGAUGGCGCCGAAUUACACAAUGUUUAAUAUGAGCGAGGAGUUCAGGAACUGUGUGAGGGCGGAUUUGGCGAGCGAGAAUGUGCGCCGGCUCGCUGAGCUCGCUGUGUGGGCCGCCAGCGAGCUGCAGGACAAGUUGUACGCGGAUAAAUACAGCGAGGAGUUCAGGAACUGUAUGAGGGCGGAUUUGGCGAGCGAGCAUGUGCGCCGGCUCGCCGAGCUCGCUGUGUGGGCCGCCAGCGAGCUGCAGGACAAGUUGUACGCGGACAAAUACAGCGAACGAGCUGCAGGACGAUAUAUGAGCGAGGAGUUCAGGAACUGUGUGAGGGCGGAUUUGGCGAGCGAGCAUGUGCGCCGGCUCGCUGAGCUCGCUGUGUGGGCCGCCAGCGAGUUGCAGGACAAGUUGUACGCGAACAAAUAUAGCGAGCACCACUACUACCACAAUCUUAAUGCCCACGAAAAUGACCACGGCCACGAAAACGGUAUCCUCAGCGAUCACAGCUACGGGCACGGCCAUGAGAAGGCCCACAAUAAUGACCAUGGGCAUGAUGAUGACACGCUGGUGCUGCGGCUAGCUUGGUUCUUAGACAGGCUGGCGCACCUGACUGGUUACGAUCCUACGGGACAGGACUUUGUGGAACCAUCGAAAGCUCGGCCGCCAUCAGAUCCGCCCAUGAUCCCCACCCUCAUCUCCAACGCGGACCUGCAGUUCCUCACGAGCUGCCUGCGAGGCACCAACGGAACUGCCACGGAGCGGUGUGCCUUCCCCAGCGGCUCCACCCCGCCUAACCUGGAAACUCUGCGAGCUAUGGGGAUGACUAUGCCAGUCCAACAAACGCCAGAUUUGAAGCCAUCCGCAUCAGAAACCGAAGAAUACACAUAUUCGGAACAAGUGUUCACCGACGACGAUAUGCCUCUCUCGCUCCCGCAGCGACCAGCAAAAAAACACAAGAGAUCAGUUGAUGGAGACCCUUUAGAAAACUUUAUACAAUACUUCGCUAAACACAAAGCCUGGACCGGCUCGAACCAAGAAGAAAAAUACAGCUCAGAAAUGUCACACGUAAAUGCAGAAAAAGACACCUCUGAAACGUCACAUGUAAAUACAAACAAGGAAAACGUGUCAAAUUCAAAUUCAAUAAGGAAGAAGCGGUUUGUAGUUAAAAAAAAGAAAGCGAAACAUGUCAAACCAGACCCAUUUCCGAUUGCCAGUUACGUGAAACAUAAGAUAGAGGGUCACAUUAAAAAAGAUGAGAAAGAGGCAAAGGCGUGGAAGAAGUUUAUAGAGAAAUUGCACAAGCCAAAGACGGAGGUUAAACUGUUGAAGUUUAAGAAAUCUAAGCGAUCUAUUAAGUAUUCUAGGAAGGAGCAGCCGCGAGUGCCGGAUGAUCCGCAGAUGGAUAUCAGCUAUUACGUGAAGAACAAGCCAGGCCGGAAUUAUAAUUACAAUGCGGCCCAGGCGGCGCUGGUGCGCGCGGGGCUCGAGCAGGUUUUCCAAACUGGCAACAUAUUAGUUGUGCAUCAAUACGGCUCCAAUUAUAACCCGGCCAACCGAGAGGUCAUACUGGACGGGUACAUCGCGGGCUUGGCCGACUUUUAA